AGGUGACAAGCAGAUUCCCCCAAGGUUUCUGCAAGUUCCUGCUCUGGUUUCCCUAAUGGAUGGACCACAGCCUGGAAACAUAGUUGUCAAAAUGACUGAACCAUCACAUAAGAACAACUCCACUCAAGAGGAGCGCACAAACCACACAUUUCCAGAGAAAAGCAGUCAGAUUGGACAGAAGCAACUGCAACAGAUAGAACGGCAGCUAAAGUGCUUGGCAUUUCAAAACCCUGGACCGCAGGUGGCAGAUUUUAACCCUGAGACAAGGCAGCAGAAAAAGAAAGCGCGGAUGUCGAAGAUGAAUGAAUAUUUUUCUGUGAAGUACAAGGUGAUGAAGAAGUAUGACAAAAGUGGCAGGCUGAUCUGUAACGAUGUGGACCUGUGCGACUGCCUGGAGAAGAACUGCCUGGGGUGCUUCUACCCGUGCCCCAAGUGCAACUCCAACAAGUGUGGGCCAGAGUGCCGGUGCAACCGCCGCUGGGUCUAUGAUGCCAUCGUCACUGAGUCUGGCGAGGUCAUCAGCACCCUGCCAUUUAGUGUUCCUGACUAGGAGAUAUUAUGCAUAGACACUCUCCUCUGUCUCCCUCUCCCUCUUCCCCACUCUGCGUGCACAUGUGAGGGUGUGCAUUUGUUUGUUUUGAGAAGGUCUUAUUCUGUA